AUGUCGAGCAAGAGCAGGAAGAGCAAGGAGCAGGGGCGAGUGACCUUCCCUCCACAGCAGGAGGAGGAGGAGGAUGAGGGAGCAGAAGAAGAGGAGCAGCAGCGCCGGCGCCGCGGCUGGAGAGGCAUCAAUGGGGGGCCAGAGCCCCCUCCACCACCUCAGAGAGCCGUUAAAACGUUCCGGGAGCCCUACGGCUACUACCCGCCACAGCCCUUCUCCAGCACCAUGUACAUUGAGGAAAGUCCAUCUCUGAGACGUAUGACUAUGAUGAGGGAAAAGGGAAGGCGACAGGCCAUUAGAGGCCCAGCAUUCAUGUUCAACAACAGAGGCACCAGUCUUACGGCUGAAGAGGAGCGCUUUCUAGAUGCGGCAGAGUAUGGGAACAUACCUGUGGUGCGCAAAAUGCUGGAGGAGUCAAAAACACUCAAUGUCAACUGUGUUGACUACAUGGGUCAAAACGCCUUGCAGCUUGCUGUAGGGAAUGAACAUUUGGAAGUGACAGAGCUUCUAUUAAAAAAAGAGAACUUGGCACGGAUUGGAGAUGCCCUGCUGCUUGCGAUCAGCAAGGGUUACAUUAGGAUAGUGGAAGCAAUUUUGAAUCAUCCUGGGUUUUCAGUAAAUAAGCGACUGACUCUGAGCCCUUGUGAGCAGGAGCUCCAGGAUGAUGAUUUUUAUUCCUAUGAUGAAGACGGUACCCGCUUUUCUCCAGAUAUCACUCCCAUAAUUUUAGCUGCUCACUGCCAAAAAUACGAAGUCGUGCACAUGCUGUUGAUGAAAGGAGCAAGGAUAGAAAGACCUCAUGAUUAUUUCUGCAAAUGUAAUGACUGUACAGAGAAGCAAAAGCAUGAUUCUUUUAGUCACUCUAGGUCAAGAAUAAACGCAUACAAAGGACUAGCCAGUCCAGCUUAUCUGUCCCUCUCCAGUGAAGAUCCAGUACUCACUGCUCUAGAACUCAGCAACGAACUUGCCAAGUUGGCCAACAUUGAAAAAGAAUUCAAGAAUGACUAUCGCAAGCUGUCUAUGCAGUGCAAGGAUUUUGUGGUGGGUGUUCUUGAUCUCUGCAGAGACUCAGAAGAAGUGGAGGCCAUUCUGAAUGGGGAUAUAAACUCUGAGCCAGUUGAAGCACAGAGACACAGAGCAUCACUGAGCCGUGUGAAGCUGGCCAUUAAGUACGAAGUCAAAAAGUUUGUAGCCCAUCCAAACUGCCAGCAACAGCUACUGACUAUCUGGUAUGAAAAUCUCUCAGGAUUACGGGAGCAGACCAUAGCUAUCAAGUGUCUGGUUGUGCUGGUUGUGGCGUUGGGCCUUCCAUUUCUAGCUAUUGGUUAUUGGAUUGCACCGUGUAGCAGGCUUGGAAGAAUUCUUCGAAGCCCAUUUAUGAAAUUUGUGGCACAUGCAGCAUCCUUCAUUAUUUUCCUGGGCCUACUGGUGUUCAAUGCUUCUGACAGAUUUGAAGGUAUAACAACACUACCGAAUGUCACUGUUACUGAUUACCCUAAACAGAUCUUUAGGGUGAAGACUACCCAAUUCACCUGGACAGAAAUGCUGAUCAUGGUGUGGGUACUUGGUAUGAUGUGGUCAGAAUGCAAAGAGCUAUGGCUGGAAGGACCCAGGGAAUAUAUUUUGCAGUUAUGGAAUGUUUUGGAUUUUGGGAUGCUGUCCAUUUUCAUUGCUGCUUUCACAGCAAGGCUUCUGGCAUUCCUGCAGGCCACAAAAGCACAACAAUAUGUGGACAACUACAUUGAGGAAAAUGACCUCUCUGAGGUUACACUUCCUCCAGAAAUAGAAUAUUUUACUUAUGCUAGAGAUAAAUGGCUCCCAUCUGAUCCUCAGAUAAUAUCCGAAGGCCUUUAUGCAAUUGCUGUUGUUCUUAGCUUUUCUCGUAUCGCAUAUAUCCUGCCUGCAAAUGAGAGUUUUGGGCCUCUGCAGAUUUCACUUGGAAGGACUGUUAAAGACAUCUUUAAGUUUAUGGUCCUUUUUAUUAUGGUAUUUCUUGCAUUUAUGAUUGGAAUGUUCAUACUGUAUUCCUACUACCUUGGAGCUAAACUAAACCCAGCCUUUACAACAGUGGAAGAAAGUUUCAAGACAUUAUUUUGGUCAAUAUUUGGCCUGUCUGAAGUAACCUCUGUUGUCCUCAAAUAUGAUCAUAAAUUCAUAGAGAACAUUGGUUAUGUUCUUUAUGGUAUAUACAAUGUAACGAUGGUGGUAGUUCUGCUCAACAUGCUGAUUGCUAUGAUCAACAGCUCAUAUCAAGAAAUUGAGGAUGACAGUGAUGUAGAGUGGAAGUUUGCUCGUUCUAAACUGUGGUUAUCAUAUUUUGAUGAUGGAAAAACUUUACCUCCACCAUUCAGUCUUGUACCAAGCCCCAAAUCUUUUUUCUAUUUCAUCAUGAGGAUCAUUAACUUUUCUAAGUGCAGAAGGAGACGACUACAGAAGGAUAUUGAAAUGGGAAUGGGCAAUUCCAAAUCUAGGUUAAACCUUUUUCAGUCGAACUCCAGAGUUUUUGAAUCACACAGCUUCAACAGCAUUCUCAAUCAGCCAACACGCUAUCAGCAAAUAAUGAAAAGGCUGAUAAAACGUUAUGUUCUGAAAGCACAAGUGGACAAAGAAAAUGAUGAAGUAAAUGAAGGUGAAUUAAAGGAAAUCAAACAGGAUAUCUCCAGUCUUCGCUAUGAACUUUUGGAGGAUAAGUCCCAAGCAACAGAAGAAUUAGCAAUUUUAAUACAUAAACUCAGUGAGAAACUAAAUCCUAAUGUGUUGACAUGUGAAUGAUUCAACAAAGGAACUAUGGUUUUGACUACAGCACAACUACUUAUUGGCAAUAAUAUUUCAGUAUCUUAUACUUGAAAAAUGUAUUGUAGAUUUUUAGCACUAAAUAACUUAAUGUACAGCUUCUCUGGUAUUUAUCUUAGGAGAUUUUGUUAACUCACCACGCAAAGAUUGCUCUCUUCAUUUUACUUGUCUAAAGGCAAAGAAUUAUCUUUUUUGUUUGUUUAUGCAUUAAAAGGUAUAAUGGUAUCAAUUGCUGAUAUUUUAACAGGUUUAUGGAUACAUGUUGAGAAUUCUUUGCACUAAAUUUGCAAGAAAA